CCGAGUUCGUUUCUUCCGUGUAGACAUUUUUCAAAAGCGCGUGUUUGUGCGUGUGUGACGGGACGAUUGCUUAAAAAUAGAUCAGGUAAGAGAUUCGGGUUAUUUCGGAGAAGAGAAAUCGGCGUCGGACCCCAUUUUUGGAAAUGAAUUAAUCAAUUCGAUUCGUGUUCAACAUUUGUAAACUUUUUUCAACAUUUGCAUUUUGGAAUCACUUGACUCGUUCAAAUAAUUUAAAAACAAUUUAAUUGUCAUUUUCCCGCCCUUUCGAUUUGGCAUGCCAUGUUGCCAUUUCCCCCUAUCUACCCCCUAGUCGAGAGAGAAAUGAGAGACGCUUGCGCAUGUCCUUGGGAGAGUAAGGCGAAAUCGACAAAAUCUAUUUGCUCUGCGUCUCGUCCCAUGGCUCGACAUGUCUCGAUUUGGCCACUCCCAUCUCUCCUCCAUUCUCGUUUUGACCACACCCACUUUGGCUCCCCCAUUCACCAAAACGAGUAAAAGCUGCUUCUGUGCUCCUACUACUCAUUCUGAUGCUCUGUUCUCUCUCUUGUGUGUGUGUGUGUUUGUCUCGUGUAAUUUUACUCGGGUUCGCAGCUCGGUUGCAUCAGCCUCUUUUUUGCUGUGCGUGUGUGUGUGUCAGCUUUAAAAAAUAACGAACGAAUUCUGCGAGGAAACUGCGCGCGCUCGACAUCACACAUUGGGAGCCGUUGCGCACACACAGACACGCUUGUAGGAGAUCUCCUUCGCGAAACGAAAAAAAGCCAAGUUGUUAAAUCGCUAUCGUCUCUCGGCCCUCAGUGAAAUUCACAGCGCAGACGGUAGAGACGAUGCUGAGCAGCAGCAGCCGCAAGGAGACGGAGGCGAUGGCGACGGCGUCGUGUGCCUUGUUGGAAGCGGACGACGAUAGCGAAAUUGUUUCUACAUCGCCGGGAAACGCCGGCCCUCCUAUCGACGCGGCUCACGUUCCCAAGAAACUAUGGCGCCACUCGUCUAUGGACGUCUGCGCCAACCUCGAAGCCAAGAACGAAUCCAAAGUCUUGGUUCUCUACACGGGGGGAACGAUCGGCAUGAUGAGAAACGAGAAUGGAGCUCUGGUGCCCAUGGCGAACGCGCUGGAACGAAUGAUACGAAAGGCCAUCCAUUUGCACGACGAGAAAUACGCGACGGCUCGUUUCGGCGCCGGAAACACCCACAAGGCUCCUUUGGCUCUGCCUUCGCUCGGUCCCGACGCCAAGCGCAUUCUCUACACCAUUUACGAGUACGAGCCGCUAUUGGACUCGUCGAACAUGACAAUGGAUGACUGGAUCAAUAUCGCCAAGGAUCUGAGGCGAUCGUACGAACUCUUUGAUGGUUUCGUCAUCCUCCACGGCACCGACACGCUCUCCUACACGGCUUCGGCGCUGUCUUUCAUGCUGGAGAACCUGGGCAAGACGGUAAUUGUCACCGGUUCGCAGAUUCCCAUUUUCGAAAUCCGGAGCGACGGAAGAGAUAAUUUCCUCGGGGCUUUGAUCGUGGCCGGAAGCUAUUGCAUCCCCGAGGUUUGCGUCUUUUUCAACCACAAACUCUACCGUGGCAACCGGACGGUUAAACGCUCUAACGGUUCCCUGGACGCGUUUGAUUCUCCCAAUCUUCCGUCGCUCGCCCACUUUGGCAUUGACGUGCACGUGGAAUACAGAUCUGUUUUUAGACCGGUGACGAUCGAUCGGUUUCGCGUCCAUUCCAUUUUGAAUCGAAAUGUUUGCUUGCUUCGACUCUUUCCCAGUAUCACCAUUCAAACUGUUCGCGCCCUUCUUCAUCCGCCAAUCGAAGGCAUUGUCAUGCAGACAUACGGAUCGGGCAACGUCCCUUCUAAUCGUCUAGAUCUCAUCGAUGAACUGCGUAGAGCUACCCAAAAGGGCGUUUUGAUUAUCAAUACGACGCAGUGCUGUCACGGCGCUGUUCAGGCCAUUUACGAAACUGGGGCAGCACUGUUGGAAGCUGGAGUCAUCCCCGGUGCCGAUAUGACUCCUGAGGCCGCCCUGACGAAAUUGUCGUACGUUUUGUCGAAAGACGAGUGGGAUCUCGACACAAAGAGGCAAAUGAUGAUGACGAAUUUGAGGGGAGAAUUGACGCUUCCGCAUACGACGCUGGUCAAAGAAAUGGAACUGAUUGAAGCUUUGGCGCGAUCCUUGCACUUGUCUUCCAGUGAAGAAAUGGACCAACUCAAAGAUGUUCUCUUUCCUUCACUCAUUUGUUCCGCUGUCAAGACGGAAGAUUUAUCGAAACUGGAAUCUUUGGAGAAAUACGGUGCUAAUUUGUCUGCGUCUGACAGUGAUGGUAGAACUCCACUUCAUGUGGCGGCUGGUGAAGGCCGAUUGUCAGUUGUAGAGUUCCUAUUGGGAAGAGGAGCAUCCGUCCAUUCGAGGGAUCGAUUAGGAAACACGCCAUUGAUGUCGGCCGUAUCGGGUGAUCAUCAGGAAGUUAUAUCAGUUUUGGUCCAGUGUGGUGCUCACUUGACGAAUGGGCCUCACACGAUUGGCGAAAUGCUGUGCAGUUCCGCCGCUAAAGGAAACGUCAAAAGGCUGACCUCGUUGAUGAAAGCUGGAGCUGAUCUGAAUCAACCGGAUGUCAGCAAUCGAACAGCCCUUCAUUUAGCAGUUCACCACAAGCAGGACUCGUGUGUAACGUUUCUGCUGAAGAAUAAAGUGUUGAUCGAUAAGAAAGAUGACUUUGGACUCACGGCAGCAGACGUCGCUCGAAAAUUUAAACAUGAAAAUAUUCUUGAAAUGCUGACGAAUCGCUAAGAGAAAUUGUCUUUUGAAAAUACCUACAGUGUGUAGUACACAACUGCCAUACCGUUAUGCUUCCAAUAAACUUUGUAGUUAUCUAG